GGGGACACGGCAAGAUUGGAGUGGCUCCACAGUCUGCUAUGGUGCGCCAUUUUCAUGGACUCCGAAGACGAUUUUCGGCGAUGAACUUUCGCAGACGACGAGCGAAGAUUUCACGACCGCUCUUUCAGCCGUGUAUGCCGACAAGCCCCCACAGGUCGCGGCGCAAGUGACUUUCGCCGGAAGUGCAAAUGCUGACCAGUUCCCGACCAUCAACAAGCUCGCAGAGGUCAGCGAUGAGGGUCUUUCGAGGAUCCAGCCCGGCGACAGCCGUGGCCGUGAGAAGGGCUUGGUAAUCGUGAGUGACAGUACCACGGUUUUCAUGGCAGGCAAACGCACGUUCUGCGACCGUGCACCUGACAUCAAGGAGAUGAGGACUGGCAACGGGAUCCUGAGUCACUAUGCUCAUGUGGAGUAUUGUCCGAUUUGGGGUGCAUCUCUUAUUCCACCCAUCGUUGAUAAGGUGCAUGAGCUCGUGGGCAAAAUCAUCCAAGAGUCCAGCAGGCCGCAGUCUUUGGCGGUGGACGUGAUGAUCAUCUGGAUGGGAAACGAGUUAGUCGGCCGCAGAGGUGUGUUCGUGGAUCCUAAUGUUCCCAAGUGGCGCCAGACCGCUGAGAACAUGGAGGCGACUGGAGUCUGGGAGGAAGUCGCAAGCAACGUUUGCGGACAGAUCCAGCGUCUAGCUGCCUUGAAAGGCAGGCCGUGUGUCAAUAUCGUCCAGCUGCUUGGAGACGCAUACCAUGCCGAUUACAAACUCCCACCAGAGUAUCGGGAGGCAGUGCAAAUGUUCUUCGCGUACGCGCGAGGACGAGGGCUGGCAACAGGGAGUCUCGAUGUGGCUGUCUCGAAUAUUCCAAAAUAUGACGGAUACCAUUUCCGCGAGGACACAACGCACAGAGCAGCAUUUGCCAACGUUCUGGCCCAUCGGGCACGUUGUGUGCAAGCCGAGGCGUCCCUGUCGAGCCUUUCCGGGUUCCGACCGCUAUCCGCUAUCCCUUACCGCACACCUGACAACCAGACCAUCGCGGGUCUCAGAAGGUUGAGGGCUGAAGGUGAGGCCAUCCAGGCCAAGGCCAAAGCAGCACGCGAAGCUGCAGCCCCACAUAGUGGAGGCCGAAUGUUGCCACCUGCUGAGGACCUCAUCGGGUAUACCUGGGACGAGGAUGCGAUCCUCAAUGAUGUGCUGGGGGUUGAUGAUGCCAUGUUCGGGAGCCACGAUGCAGAGGGAAUGGUCAUCCUCACGAAGGCCGAUAUUUCCACAGCUCAUCUGGACAAGCUGCUGGCUGGGCUCGCCGCAACUCACGGUCACUCGAACAAGAUCGCCGAGGAGAUCGACGACAACGAUCUCGCAGUGGCUUGGUUCUGGGAUCAACCCCGUGAGGAGCUGGGUGGUGCAGCGGCCUUCAAAGGCACGCCGAUCCUAGCAAAGGGCGAGUUUCCACCGCGUUUGUACCAUCGUACAACGCAUGAUGCUGCGUUAGCAAUCCUCGAGACGCAGCUCACCCCUGGUUUCGGUCGCAGCGGCAAAUACCACAAUUAUUUUGCCAAAGCUACCUUGGACGAACUGGGUGAGCGCGGAGGAGUCAGGGCCAAUCUGAAGUUUGAAAUGGUCUUCGAUACCAGCGAGGUAUUGGAGCACGCAUAUCUCUUCGAGACGGCCAGCGAAGGCAUCUUGUGCCGCGAAGAAGCGCCCGGCACCUGUGUUCUCUAUAUUAGAGACGCAGGCAAGAACGUCACCGUCUGGACCAGGCCGGAUCCCCAGGCUGAAGAGGAGGAGGAGAUCACCAUUGAUGCUCCUUUGACGGCUGCUCCCACAACUGAGCCCGAGCCCGAGUUUGUCAUUCCUGAUGACUCCGAGGACGAGCUCGUCAAUGUUGAGGUCGAGGUAGAGGCCGCUCCUCCAGCCCCACUUAGUGGUGGCCAGGAUCUUGCUAUGGCCGAAGAGUCCAGCGCAGCAGAUGCCGAGGUUCCCGCCGACACAGAGGAACCAGUAUCAGCUGAUGAUGGCAGUGCAGAUGCUACCAUGGAGCCCACAGAAGAGGUCCCGGAGACACCGCCCCCGAGCGCAACAUCGGCGGCUCCGGCUAUGACCCCGGGUGAUUUGGCACUCGUUCGAGGUGAAGUGCUUGCGACCUCUUUGCCGCCACAGCCGGUGACGGAGUUCCUUGCCCUUCCAGCCCCCGCUCCGGGUGGCCGACGACGAGGAGGCAGCAGCGCGAGCAACUGGAAAGCGGAGAUCAGAACUCAUGUGGAUGAUGUGAUCUCCAACAUGCGCCGAGAGGCUGGCAAUCGCGGUCUUCAAUCUUUGGAUUCCGCAGCCCUCGAGAAAGCAAAACAGAUCUUCAGGCUCGCCGAAAAGCACGGGUACACAAGCAUCGUCGACAGGUUCGACAACGAUGUGGAGUACACCCUCUCCUCCGUGAGGCAGGGCUACGACCGGGAGUUCCUUCGCAUUGAGGACGUCCUUGUGAAGUCAGCCCUCCCCAAUGUCGGUCGGUCACAGGCUCAGCGAUCCCUAGGCACGGGAACUUUCGGUUCCGGAUCAGGCUAUGAUCGCGUGGAGAAGAUGGAGUCCAUAGCCAGGCUCCUCUACUUCGACGAGCCCUGUGGCCUCAUCGAUGUGAUCACCGAUCCUCCACUCUGCAUUAUGUGGCUAGGAGUUGCCUACUCCGUGCGCGCCUUCAUUGAAGUUUUCCUGGCACACAAGGUCAUCGACCGAAUUCAGGCCUUCAAUGAGGUUAUCUGGCUGGACCCCAACCUCGAGUAUUCCGCUGACGAGUGGUUGGCAUGGCUCCGUGUGAGAAUUUCGUACCAGGUCGCAGCCGGGCGUCGCACAUACGAAGAGAAGCUCCGUCAGGCCGCACAGAGCAGAGAGGCCCAAGCCGCAGCAGAUGCCCGCAACGCUGCUAUGAAGGGUGGCAAGGGCAUGAAAGGCACUGGGAAAGGCAGGUCGGCACCAUCUCACCCGUACCAGCGUUACUGGUGA